CGAGAAGUAGCUAGCAUUGCCCACUCAGUCGCCAUACCCACAAAAGUAGAAGAUAAAAGCAGAAGUUUGAGCACUGCUUAGUUUCGGUUCACUCCCAAGAAUAGCAGCCUCCAUGGCCCUUGCUCAAGUCUCUGCUUCUUUCUCCGUCUCUAUACGCGAUGUUUGUGCUUUCAGCUCACUCAAAUCCUCUCCUUCUCGUCGUUUUCCCCGAUCCAAUUUCGUUCCCAGAGGAACUUCCUUUGCCUCUGGUUCCCCUCUGUUGAUUCGAAGAAGUUAUGCAAGGCAGCCUGCUUGCAAAGCAAUGCCUGUUUCAAUAAGGUGUGAACAAAGUACCCAAGGAGGGAACAGUUUGGAUGUGUGGUUAGGCCGGGCAGCUAUGGUUGGCUUUGCAGUGGCCAUUACUGUUGAAAUUGCUACAGGGAAGGGACUCCUUGAGAACUUUGGGCUCACCGCUCCGCUGCCUACAGUUGCCUUGGGAGUGACAGCCUUGGUUGGUGUUCUGACUGCAAUUUUCAUCUUCCAAUCAGCCUCAAAGAACUAGUCACUUUUGUUUAGAGUUCUCAUAGCCAUUGCAUGUAAAUUCCGUAAGUCGGGGUUUUUUAGGAUGAAAUUUUACCCUUGUUGGUUGUCUAAUUGCUUUGUGGCAAAGAAAGGGAUUGGAAGUUUCGAAUCAUAACAAGGCUUCUGUAUUUAUUUGCUUCUUUUCAUCCAAUCCAGGCUGUAGUUUAUAAUCUCCCCCCCUUUGUUUUUUAAACUUUUUACUGUUUAAUUUUCCAUGGUGUAUCAGUUUAAUGAAAUGUCAAGGCUCAAGGGGUUGUCUUCUUC